AUGGGCAACACCCCCCCAAGCAAAGAUCGACAUGGCUCCAGCAGCGGUGCCGGUAGUAGGAGUAGCACUCCGAAUUCGUCUCGUCGUGGCCGCCGCAGUCGCCGCGAGAGCUCGGUAAGCAAUCCCGCGGCGUCGUUGAAAUCGGUACAUGUACAUGCAUCCGAGCAACUGUCCGACAUGGAUCGAGUCAAGCUAGCGCUGAUUGCGGACGGAUCGAUUCCAUCUAUGCAUUCUAGUGCUAGUGCUACGUGUACUAGUGGUGGCACUGGUCCAAGCAGUGGCAGCCAAAGGAGGAGAUCUUCGACUACUAGAGGAGCCACGUGUAGCGGUACGUUGAACAGCAGCACCAACAGCCAGAGCUGUCGUCGUGGUGGAGGUCAAAGGAGACGUUUGUCCACGCAAAACUUUGCAAACUCGGUUUCUAUUAUGGAUCCGCAAGACGUACUCAGGCAACUAGAAGACUUUGCUGGAAGAACAGACAUGCAAGAAGAUCCCAGUGAGUACCUUACUUCACUCAGAAACUUGGACUACUCACAUACUGGUAGUUAG